AUGAAAACCACUUUCGAGACAUUAGCAACUUGCUUUGGAUACACCUGGGUGACCUCAUACAACACCCUCAAAGUCAUCUGCGCAGAAGGCAUCGAUGAUCAAGAAGCAAAGCUGUGGGUGGAGACCAAAAUCAACGAGCUCAACUUCACAGCGACAAUCGGAGCCCUCGUUGCCUCUGUGAUCGCAACCAGCCUAAGUUGGCCAGGAGCAGACACAGCCCACUGGGUCAUCACCGCGUUCUGGUACAAUGGGAUUGUCAUGGCCGUAGUAUCCGCCGUGAUGGCAUUCCAGCAGUCAUCCGCGCUGGGCUGCGUUCUGGCAAAGAUCCAUAACGGCGGAUCACUUAACACCGCGGUGCUUGGAGACGACAACCUGCCCUCUCUGAAAGUGGUAUUCGUGCUCCAGGCGCCCAUUCAGAUGCUGAGCUACUCCAUAUUCCUUUACCUUUUGGGCCUUUUGGUAUUCAUCGUCUAUCCUACUUCGGGGUUGUCGUUCGGUGAUCCACGGGCUAAGCUGGAUCCUAGCAUCCAGGCCAUGGAGAGCCACAAGCCAUCCUCGCAGCACCCCUACUUGACCUCCCCGCAUCUCAGAACAUUCCCCCUCCAAGAAUGGCACGAGAAAAUAAUCGCGGCCGACUCCAACGAACUCUCCAGCUGGGCCGUGACAAAAGUCGAGCACAUGAAGAACUUCCACUUCUCCGCGGUCCUCCACGAGAGCCUCCGCGUCACGGUCCAACAACGACCACCGGCACAACACAACAGCGACAGCGACAACAGCACGGCCACCACCUCCAUCCACAUUUUCGUCGAGCGCAUGAAGGACGGCGACGAAGUGACCCUUGGCUGGAAACGGGUCCCGCACCCCCCGCUGACAGGCUGGUGGCUCAAGCGUCUCUUCCUCGGGUACUUCAGCGACCCGGCGCACGGCGGCGUGGCCCUGCUGAACAGCUCAUCGGCCGUAACGCACUGGCGAGCGAUCGGGUACUCGGGGAGCGACAACCUGUACGAUCUGGAGUUCCCGGCGCCCGGCGUGCCGCUCGGUGAGUUUGCGGGCGUGUUGGAUGCGGCUAGUCGGGCUGGGGCAGCUUACGAUCCCACCGAUAAAAACUGCUUUUGGUUUGCGGCGAAGAUAUAUGAGGAGCUUAAAGCGGGCUGGGUGUAUGUUGAGACGCCGCGUUUGUACGCGAGGCAUCGGGGGAAGUUUGCUGGGUUGAGUAUUCGCAUUGUUGAUUUGGUAGGCUCCCUCCCACUUCCUUAG